AUGCGGCGCCGAGCAUGUAGGAAGAAUACUGUCGCCGUACCAUUCGUCGAGAGUGCGAGCGGAGUGAUCAACUUGGCAGCAUCCGUUGGGGACUUCUCCGUCGCAUGUCGAGUUCUCCUUCUUCUCGAAAAGUUCAACUUACUCUCCCCCCUUCCGAGCAGCGUCGGCAGUGCGUUCGUGGCUGCGGCGGCGGCGGCCGGCGAGGCAGAAGCAGCGAGUAAAAUGCUGCAAAUUAUGCACAUUCAAGGUAUCGAGAUGCGGCGCAAGGCGUUUGCGGCCAUUGUCAGUCUUCUCCUCUCCAGGGGCCAGGGAUUCCUCGUUUUGAAACAAAGCGGUCUGCUCCGGAUGAUGAAGGAACAGCGCUGCCUUCCUCUCCCCGCACAUCUCCUUGCGCUUCUCCUUCAGGAUGCUCAGGGAGUAAGGAACCAGUUGGAGCGCGAACGGCGCGCCGCGCGUCUCCUUGUCUCUUUGCUGGAAACGGGGCUCGAAACAAAGAACGGCAAAGACCGACAGGAAGAACGGUUCCACUUCGCCGAGAAUGUGGUCCGCCGCUCGGGGAAAUACGGCAAUGGGACCCGCGGACCACCGCCGGCGCGCCCCACGCCCCCCGGCCCGCAUGGGGUAGACGGGAGCCUGCAAGAGGAGGCAGGCAAUGCGUUCGCCACGGCGCUCCAGGAAGCAGAGAUGCGUUGCCGCCAGGAGGUUCAAAAGAGCACUGUCCGGCUCCGAGAGCUCCUCGAUGCAAGUCGCGAAGUUCUCGGUCUUCUCCAGCACGUUACCGAGCAUGAGGAACCUCUUGCGUCAGCCCCUGCGAUUCAGUUCUGCAACGCCCUCCGGGAUCUCGACCUCCCGGUAGCUCACGUAAGUCACGCUGUUCUCCGUCACGAGGAGGGAGGCGACGCGAAUCGGUUACCUUGUCUGCCUUCUCCGCUUUUCCUUAGCGAACCCGAAGACGGGGCGCCCGCCACGAACGGUCCCCCAGCAGCUGCAGCCUUGCAGUCCACGGGACCUUCGUCACAGGUGACGGGCGACGCCUCUGCAGGUUCUUCAGGUCAGUACGGCACUGGGCCUUACACGUGCACGACUGACGAAACAUAUGAGGGAAAUGUGGGAGACGACGACGGGGACUCUCCCCCAGGAAAGACGGGUGUGAAGCCCACGGACACCAGUACGGCUGCGAUUCGUUCUGCAACCCUUCUAGACGACCAGCCACGAGGCGCCGGUCACUAUCCCUCGCCACGGCCCUCUCCGGAUGCGUGCUCGUCUCCCCACACGAAGUGUUCUCCCAGUUUCGAUUUCGACGGUGCGAAUUCGCACCUCUGGAGAGAGAGAGAGAGGGACAGGAAAGGUUUCGGCCAACAACCACGCCGGUACGGUGUGUGUACAGCUUGUGGCGUGCACUUGAGGCGCAUCCCGCUAAGUGCCAAUGAGCGCCGGCUUCUCCGCGUCGGCGUGCUCAAGCUUUCCGCCAUGCUGCAACCGCGGCAACUCCGCGCUCUCCUUGCUUUCGAAGUGAACCUCAGUCGCGUCCAGGGGCUGUGGCCGUCCAGCGCACGCCAGCGGACUCCGGCGAGACGAGAGGAGUCAGUCGAGGAGACGCUUCCCGGGGUUUCGCGAGGAGUCGGAGAAGACCCCGGAGGCGGAACAGUGCAGGCGAGGCAGACGGAUGAAGCGGAGGCAAGCGGUGAGCGGGAGGCGCACACGGCGACGGGUUCGGAUCCUUCAGAAAGGCCUCGAAAAACGGGGUCGGCUCGGGGCACUCCGGGUCCGACCGGGCUGACUCCGGCGCCUUCUCCGUUACGCCCCGUAGAGCCACGGUUCACCAUUGUCCUGGACGCUGCUAACAUUGCGUACAACCGUCAAAAUCGGGAGGACGGCGUCUUCAGCUAUGCCCAGAUCGAGUGCGUUCGUCGAGAGCUCAUUAGUCGUGGAGAGAGGCCGCUAAUUAUUCUUCCAGCUGCGUACUUUUGGGGGGUCCGACCGGCGACCGCCCCCGGGUUGCCUGCCGAGUUCAGGGGACAGAGGCGAUCAAAGCCCUUCAAUUCCCUGUCGAGAGAAAGCUGGUUUCGGCCACACGUCUUUGAAACGCAGAGUGCGACAUCCGGAGGCACUGCCGGUGACCAGUGGCAGGCACCAGCGGGAGAAGACCCCAUCGCUUGUCGGCGAGGCCUCUGUCCCUUCUGCCGGGAUGAAAUCGUCGUGCCGAAUCGAUGCAAACCCAGCAGAAGACGGCGGAGAGAUUUGCUCGGUCGAGUUGCCACCAGCGAGGCUGCCCGAGCGCUUCGCGGACACCACAGCAGAGGAGCGCACGCCGGCGAGCCGCAGCUCUUGGGCGUGGGGCAAGACCACGCCUGCGGCAGCGAGGCUGAGGAAGCGUUUGGGAAUCCAGACCGUAUGCGGGAGCCUGCCUGGAGGUCUCAUCUCUCUCGUUUUUUGUUCGCCGCUGACGCGUGCACAGGUGUCUCAAGCUCCGACGGGGUUCCCUUCUCACCCGGCGUCCUAACAAAUCGGCAGCGGGUGACGUGUCGAGACAGGGCGCUGCUGAAUCAGUGGGAGAGGGAGGGCUGCCUCUUCGUGUGUGGGCUCGGCGCGCACGACGAUCACUAUCACCUGCUGGCGUCGCUGAAUGCUCCUGCCACGGAGGGUCUCUGGAGGAGGCGGAUCCGCGUUUCGCCGCAAGCGCAGCAAAAGUGGAGCACGGAAGGAGAGGCGAACCAAGGAAGAAAGAGGAGGAAAGCCGUUGACGACCCACAGGGAAGCCUUGUGGAUAUCGACGGCGCUGACGCGCAUGUUCAGGAAGGGGAUAGCGGCACGCACGGUCCUUCCGUUGGAGAGGGAAGUGUGCCCAGGCCAUCGAACCUACUCAGGGAAGGCGACGGCCCGCUCGCUGCCGUCGCGCCAUUCGGCCGAGCGGCAGCAGAUUUUCCAGGGGGCGCACGGCCUGCUGCGUCGGAAACGGAAAGCGCAUCGCCGCGGAUUCCCCAUUCUCUGAGCAAUGCAAUGCAUGCGGCUGAGCCGACGGUCAAGCAUGACCACUCGCUCCAUACGAAGCGCGAAGACGGGGCAGAAGGCGGAGAGCAGAGAGAAGGGGGCAAGAGGGAAGGCGCGAAAGACCUGGCCCCGGCAGAACACCGCGCUUUCCUUGGCUAUGUUUGGGACUCGGAAGACUGUGAAGGUGACAGCGGCGCACACACGGAGCGCUUCGAGAACGGCCCAGCAUCCCCUCUGGACAUGUCCCGAGGUCUUUUUCCUCUUUCUCUCUUGACAAACGACCGCUUCCGGGACCACCGUCUGUCGUCUCAGCAACGCAUUCCUUUUCGCCACUGGCGGCAGCUGGCGCUGCUUCCUUAUGCCUUCCAGUGGGGCCUCAGUCCCCACGAUGGAGAGCUUCAGCUUUCACCGACUCCCUCGCCCUUCUCGCCUCCCUUGUCUCUAAACGUUCCCGCUUCAAAGCGACACGACCGCCAGAGAAGGAGAGAACGGCAGGCAGGAGCCACCGGAGACGGACGCUGGUGUCCGGGGCGAAGUCAGGCGAAGCGGAGGCGCGUCGCCGUCCCAAAGGAACAAGAAGAGGAUUUGGGGCACGUUCGCUUCGCGGAUGCCAGCUAUCCAAGAGACGACGAGAAUUCGGCGAGCGACAUCUCUGCUUCCGUUGGACUUCCUGACUACGAAGCGCGAAGCCAUUCGCCGUCUUCGCGAGGUUCUUUGCUCGCAGACGUUUAUCCGCAAGCACCGCUGUCACCAUUCGCUGAUGGAUCCGAGGAAUUAGUGGCGCCUUGCCACGAUUCGAGAGUUGAGGAAGAGACGGGGAAUCUGCGCAGCUUUACGCGUGGCGGAGACGCUUCUGAAACAGCUGCUUUCUUGUCGGGUGCGCACUGGUCUCCGAGCGGCAGCAGAGUCGCACAGCGGGCCUUUGCGGCUUCUCAGACGACUUCCACUGGUUAUCAGGUUCCCUCGAGGAUUCUCGGCCGCCGUCGUGCGUCGCCCAGUGCGCUCUUUGCCUUGUCGUCCCCUCACGCGUCUCCUGUCGACUCUUCUAGUGGAAGCAGGUCGCGAAAAAGGGAGGGAACCUCGCACUUUGGAGAACACCCCUUUGGAGAGAAGGACACGACCCUCCCCCAGGAGCCGUCGUGGGUGUACGGUGGCACGGGUCUGUCUCUUCGAUCCUAUCCUGACGGCGAGGAGAAGCCCUCAUCUUUUCAGCAGACUUCCCAGAGCUUUCCUCUGCUGUUCGUCGGCAUGACGAAGCACGUCACACAGCGAAUGCAGGUUUCUACGCAGCGUGCGAAGCGUUCCCUGCUUUCCUCUCAACGCGGACUGACGAGCGACCGAGUCGCAACCAGCAGCAGUGGAGACGGCUGCUGGGGUGGCGACCGGCCUUUGAUUUUCCAGCACAUCACAGAGCUCUUGCAGGAGUACCGGCGGCGCGAGAAAGCUGGAAUCACGAGCGCUCCUCUAGAUGGAACAGAGGGCCACCACGGCUCAGAACGGCCCUCCACGGGUGACCCACCGUCAGGCACAGGGUCGGAGGAACGCGAGGAGUCUCUUAUCUGGCAUGUGCCUUUGCGGGAAGAAGACGAAGAGGAAGGCUUUCCGGAUUUUUCUGACUCCUCGGUAGGCUUCCGCUCCCGGGGCAGCCAUGGGCCUCUUGCCGACACCCUGAAGCGCGGCGAGGAGGGAACCGCAACUCCGCCAGAAACGCACUCGGCACGCAGAGAGGAGAGAGGAGGAACAGAGACAGAAAGGGACACGUUCCCGUCCUUUGAAGGGACAAGCCGUGUGGGAGGAGCGGACGGAGACCUAAAGGGAGAGACACCUUUCCCGGAUACGACGCAUGCGGUCGAGUGGCGUCACCAGGAAGCUCUUGAGAGGAGCAGGACGUGGCUGGGCAUUGACCUGACGCCUUUGCAUGAGCUUCUUCGGGAGCGAGAGGACUUCCUGGUGAACAACUGA